AUGGCCGAUUCUGUCUUCUCUAGCAACAAAAGAGAUCCUAUUAAAUCAUCAGUUGGGAGUGUUGCGGGUAGUAGAAGACGGCAACAUGCAGUUACGAUUGGGAAGGAAAGGAGGGAAUCGUUGGUGCGUGCGAAACGGCUUUGUAGGGUUGGAGUUAGCGAGGGUGAAGUUGAUGUUGACAUGAUGCUUGAUCAAGAGCAGUCUUUUUUGGAGUCUCAAACUUUGUUGGCUGUUGACAAUUUGAAAUCUGCUCUUGCUUCUCAGGGGAAGGGUGCAGUGCAGAAAAGAGUAGGCGCUCUUCAAGAAUUAAGGCGUUUACUGUCAAGAUCUGAAUUUCCUCCUGUUGAGUCUGCUGUUAAAGCUGGAGCCGUUGCCAUACUAGUGCAGUGUCUCUCAUUUGGUUCGCCAGAUGAACAGUUGCUUGAAGCUGCUUGGUGUCUUACAAACAUUGCUGCAGGGAAUCCAGAAGAAACAAAAGCUUUGCUGCCUGCAUUGCCUUUGCUUAUUGCUCACCUCGGGGAAAAGAGCUCCUCACCUGUUGCUGAACAGUGUGCUUGGGCACUAGGAAAUGUGGCUGGUGAAGAUGAAGAGUUGAGGAAUGUUCUUCUAAUUCAAGGGGCCUUAGUACCUCUUGCUAGAAUGAUGCUUCCAAACAGGCGUUCAACUGUUAGAACCGCUGCCUGGGCUUUGUCUAAUCUAAUCAAGGGUCUAAAUCCUAAAGCUGCUAACGAGCUCAUUCGCAUUGAUGGAGUAUUGGAUUCAAUUGUUCGACACUUGACGAAAGCGGAUGAUGAAUCAGCAACUGAAGUAGCUUGGGUAGUUGUUUACCUAUCGGCUCUUUCAAAUUUAGCCACGAGCAUGCUGGUGAAGAGUGAUGUGCUUCAAUUGCUUUUAAAUAGAUUAGCAACAUCAAACAGUUUGCAAUUAAUGAUACCGGUUUUGCGAAGUUUAGGUAAUCUCAUUGCUGGUGAUUCCCAUGCAAGUUAUGCUGUUCUUGUACCUGGACUUGAAGUUACAGAUACUGCCAUACAAGUCUUGAUAAAAUGUCUGAAAAGUGAACACAGGGUCUUAAAGAAGGAAGCAGCUUGGGUGCUGUCUAAUAUAGCUGCUGGUUCUGUUGAGCACAAGCAAUUGAUAUAUUCUAGUGACGAGAAGCCAAGUCUGAUCCCGGAGCAUUUGGUUUCUCUUGUUGAAAAAGGAUGCUUGCCAGGCUUUAUUGAUUUGGUUAGAUCUGCUGAUAUUGAAGCUGCUAGGCUAGGGCUUCAGUUCAUAGAACUGGUCCUGAGAGGGAUGCCAAAUGGAAAGGGCUCAAAGCUUGUAGAACAAGAAGAUGGGAUUGAAGCCAUGGAAAGAUUUCAGUUUCACGAAAAUGAAGACUUGAGAACUAUGGCAAACAGUCUAGUUGACAAGUAUUUUGGAGAGGACUAUGGGCUGGAUGAAUAG